CCGGCUCCUUCUCCAUCCCCUUGGCUUGAGCGUCCGAGUGUUGUCUAAAGGGCAAUGGAUUUCGAUGAAACGGGAAACUCACUGUAUCUUGCUGGUAGCGGAUGGGUCACAGACAUUUACGAUACCAGGAGCGGCCCCAUGACUACCAACCCAAUGGCGGCAGGCUUCGCUCCUACAUGUCCGCCCUACAAUGGUGGUGAAUAUUUAGCAUCUCCGGAGCAGGUUUACGAGCCACGGAGACGCCUAUACAGUGAUGAAUACGAUCAUCAAUUCCCCAAUCCGGAGUACUACAAUGCUCCAUCUCAUUUUUCAACCAGAGAAAUCGCCGAUGACUCCUUUUUCGAUGCCGCUUUCGUGUCCUCUCAGGCUUUGCAAGUGCCAUCGCCAUCGUUGGCGCUAAUUGAUUAUCUGAGACCGGAACCAAUACCGUUUGAGGGCUACGGCAGCGGUGACUGGGACAGCGAGCAUAUAGCACAACUACGAUGCGGAUCAGACACGCUCCCCCUUUACUCAAAUACUGAUAAUUUCGAUUAUGGCUGUAGCGCUCCUGGUACCAACUAUCCAACCAACGGUAUAGAUGGUGAUGGCCUCCUGGACAGUUUAUACCCUUCCGAAACAGCUCUACAGCCUGUAGCAGAGGCAUCUGCAGCGGGAGUAAUCGCUCCACUUCAGAACACCAUAUAUCAGGGAUCAUUGAGUGAGUUCAUGGCCAAGUCUGAAACAACACCAGUGUCUCUAGGACAGCCAGCUCCAUUUGCCAUGCAACGAGGAUCAUCGCGGCAACCAGUGCCAACGUCUAUGUUAUCACAACAGCCGGACUAUGCGGUGAUCUCAUCGCCCUACACUGUCAUUUCACCUCCCUCUUCCACCAGAUCCUCACCUCGGAAGCGCAGUGCCUCAGCGGCUAGGAUUGAUAAGAGUCCUGUGGGUCCAAAGAAACGAGUAAUAAAGGCUCACAUGUUGGCAAAAGUUGACAACAUUGAAGACUCUAAAUUGAAAAUAGAGACGGAUAAAUUGCCCACGUUUGAAUACCAAGAGUAUUUCCACUCGCCCGCGGACGCCAAUACGAAGCUUAGGCGUCUUCUCGAGCUGUUUCGAAAAUCCGAGGACAACUGCAGCAACCCCUCUACAGACUCUACGUUUCCUCAAAGCAACGAGGACAAGAAAAGAUAUGUUGGGAAGCUUUUCAAUGCAAUCAACGAUUGGGAAAACAUCAACGAGUGGUCACAGACUCUGGUUCCCGAAGAGCGGAACCGAGUAAUAGACGAACACCGGCGCAUGAAGGAGGAAGCCAACGGCGCAACUCCAGACAAGAAGCCAAACGACAUCCCGUUGGACGAAAUGCGGCCGAGCCGGGACGAGCUUCCAACUCUUGAUGUUCAACAGAAGAAGAUUUUGGGUCGGCAGCUGAACGACCAGACAGUAGAAUGGCUCUGCUGGGAGCUCAUUGAAGCUGCCAUACAAUCGCAGCAGGGAUAUACCCAGAUACCUUACUGGUGCGGCGCCGAUGGAGCUUAG